CCGUCUUGGAGCCAGAAGCAAACCAGAUUCGUGCAACCAUUUUAGACAUGGCCCACUGUAUAAGAACUUUCACAGAAUAAAUCUCAGAUUACUCCAGGAAAUUAGUUGGAAUCGUUCAGCAAAUAGAAGGAGGAGAACAAAUAGUUGAAGAUGGAGUUGGAAUGGCCCAUACUGAACAUGUACCGGGGACUGCGGAGAAUGCUCGCUCGUGUGUCCGAGCCUAUUUUUCUGAUCUUCAUGAAACCCUUUGUCGUCAGGAGGAAAUGGCCCUGAGUGUUGUUGAUGCUCAUGUGAGGGAGAAGUUGAUUUGGCUUAGACAGCAGCAAGAAGAUAUGACCAUCCUGUUGUCACAGGUUUCGACAGCUUGUCUUCAUUGUGAAAAGACUUUACAACAGGAUGACUGCAGAGUAGUGCUGGCCAAACAGGAAAUUACAAGACUUCUAGAGACAUUACAAAAACAACAGCAGCAAUUUACAGAACUGGCAGAUCACAUCCAGCUGGAUGCUAGCAUACCUGUCACCUUUACAAAGGACAACAGGGUGCAUAUUGGACCUAAAAUGGAGAUUCGGGUUGUCACUUUAGGACUGGAUGGAGCUGGCAAAACAACUAUUUUAUUCAAGUUAAAGCAAGAUGAAUUCAUGCAGCCAAUUCCAACAAUAGGUUUUAAUGUUGAAACAGUAGAAUAUAAGAAUUUGAAGUUUACUAUUUGGGAUGUAGGAGGAAAGCACAAACUGAGGCCAUUGUGGAAGCAUUAUUAUCUCAAUACGCAAGCGGUGGUUUUUGUUAUUGAUAGCAGUUAUAGAGAUAGAGUCAGCGAAGCACACAGCGAACUUGCAAAAUUAUUAACGGAGAAGGAAUUGCGGGAUGCCUUGCUCUUGAUUUUUGCCAAUAAGCAGGAUGUAGCAGGUGCACUCUCCGUGGAAGAAAUUACAGAACUGCUGAGCCUCCACAAACUCUGCUGUGGCCGGAGCUGGUACAUUCAGGGUUGUGAUGCCCGGAGUGGUACGGGACUUUAUGAAGGAUUGGACUGGCUUUCAAGGCAACUUGUGGCUGCUGGUGUCCUGGAUGUGGCUUAGUUUCACAGCAGUUGCAAUCUAAGGUUGUAGUUAACUUGGUUUUGUUUGCACGAUUUAGGAUGUUGUAGAUGGGCCUGC